AUGGGGCUCCAGGCUGGGACACCCUGGCUCCACCGGGACCUUGUCCUCCUGGCCACCGUGGUGGCAAUGCUUCUCCUCUGCGCCAGCGCCGGCCCAGCCAGGCCCACUGCCAGCCCCAGGAGCGCCUCAGGGUUCCCCCCGGACUGCAGCCACCUGCGCAAGAGCAGCCCCAGCGGCGUGUACGUGAUCCAGCCGGCGCGCUCCCCGCCGCGCGUGGUCUGGUGCGACAUGGACACCGAGGGCAAGGGCUGGACCGUGGUCCAGAGGAACUCGCACGACACCGAGCUCACAUGGAAGCAGUCCUGGACCACCUACAAGUAUGGCUUUGGGAACGUGCACAGCGAUUACUGGCUGGGCACCGAGUACCUGCACCUGCUGACGCAGCAGGGCACCUACAAGGUGCGCUUCGUGGUGCGCGACAAGGCCAACGUCACCCACUACGCCGAGUACGACAUCUUCAGAGUGGAGGGCGAGGCCAGCGGCUACCCGCUGAGGCUGGGCCGCCAUUCUGGAGAUGGGGAUGACUACCUGACCCUCUACCACCCCAAGAAGGGGGGCAUUCAUGACAACAUGAAGUUCAGCACAGUCGACAAGGACCAGGACCAGUACAGCGGGAACUGCGCCAAGAGCUACGGGGGGUGGUGGUACAACAGGUGCCAGAACGUCCUGCUCAAUGCCAAAAACUACAUUGUCUGGCCAGGAUUCUGUGAUAAAGGUGACUGUGCGUCUUCCCUCAUCCUGGUCAAGCCCACAGAUGUGUGUUGA